CCGGACGCCUGGAACUUUGACCAUCGAACGCCUCCUCCCAAAGGUAGGAGGGCUUCUCUCACGUUGAUAGCAGCGUAGUAUGUCUCGCAGUCAGUACUCAAGUCAGCGGUAAGUACACACUCGUGAAAGCCCGAGAAGCCCGGGCGGCGAAGCUGAGUCUGAGGAGAUCGUUGCGAUCAGGGACUUCGAUCGAACUCCAUGACGACCGAGGUCGGAACAUCUGACCUAUAUUAAAUUUGUAGCAUGAUUUUGAGAGGCAAGGCACGAGCGACCCUUCUCAUCACUACUUACGACCGUCCAGAGCAUCUGGUGUAUCCGCCCGGCGCGGCCUGCUCAUUCGCAUUUCUUGAGCAAAAUGAGGCCGGCCUCGUUGCGUUUAUCGCUCUAUGUUGUACUGUGGCUGUUUUCUUUCAUCCUCCUUGCCUUGACGAUCGCUCGUCUGAACUACACUCUCCAUCUUCCGAAGGGGGACCCUCUGAACCGUGGCGCCGACUUCUAUGACCCGGUGGUCGUAGAAUUGCUGGUUGACUCUUUCCUGGCAUUCGCAUUCGUGCCGUUCGUAUUCAACCUCCUCAACCGCUUCCUCAUCUUCGACGUCUCCAAAGCUGUCAUAGAAGCCAUAGCGCUAGGCGUCCUCUGGCUGCUCUGGCUAAUUGGGUGUGGUAUCUCCACCAGUAUCUGGCCCAACCUCGCCUUCUGCUACAACUUCGAAACAUGCCGCGUCCUCGCCGCUAUGACGGCGUUCGCAUGGCUGGGCUGGCUCACUAUCUGUGCUUUGCUUGUCCUCAGUUUCAUCUCCGCCUUCAGCAAGACGCGGGACUCCGACCUCGAUAGCAGCGACGACAUGGUCCAAUGGGCGCGGGGCGUUCCAGUGGGGGCGGUCCCGCCAGUAUGA